CACUAAUCUAUAUCUGUCUCGUUCUCCAACACUCUGGUGAAAAAUUGUAUCCAAAAAAGUUAUCUUAAUUUACCGCAAAAUCAAAGUUAUAUGGUUAUGCAAAUCGCAAAUUAAAUCGUUUCACAGUUCUGCAUUGUAAAAAGGAUUAUUCCAUAUCUUCUCUACAAAUUCAAAUUGCAAAGGAGUCAUCGAUUGAUUGAGGCAGCAGCGUUGCGCGUUGCUAAACGCAAAGCAAUUUUUUACAGUUUCGCUGGAAAUUAUCUUACCUGGCACGAAAGCAAAUUGCAAUUAUAUUUCCUGGGUUGAUCGCCAUUUGUAACAGUUUUCUUUUUGUUGUUGUAUACCUAUACACAUACAUACAUAUAUAAUAGUUACAGUAACUGAGAAGACCCCUGUCAGAUCUCUCUCAUACCACAGACACAAAAAAUCAUAACGGAAACCGUAGUAGCCACUUUAAGCGCAACGAGAAUUUAUUCAUUGCCUUAUCUUCCAAUUCGUGAGCUGUUUGUGCACACCCCAAGCAGGGGAAACAUAAUAUCUUAUAUGACUUUUGAAAGAACAAGUGAUUGCAACGUAUUUAAAGCCGCCAUUAUUGAAGAGAAGAAACCAAAGAUCAACAAGAACAACAACAAGUGCUUGUCGAUAUCAUCAUCGUCAAGUUCAAUACAACAACAACUUAUUGCCGCUGCUUUGAUAUUGCUGGUGAUUUUGGUGCUGCUUAUCGCUGUCGUUGUGAGAGACGAGUCUGCUGCUGUCGUUUUACCGAAGGAGAAACCGAUCAAUCUGAUCAAUAUCAACCUGACGCCGCCCAAGCAAUUCCCGUUGCGAUUUCUAACAGCGCUCGUCGUUCAGCUGUUGCUCGUGACAACCAAUUUCAAAAGCGAGCUGCAUCAUAUGCUGCGGGGUUUAACGUUACGGAUCAAGCGACAUACUGCGGCCAUCAUCUAUGACCUCAGCGAAACACCAGCAAAAAAAAGCGCACCUCCAAUUCUUCAAAAACGGAGUAAAGGGUUCGAACUGUGCAUGAAUUCAAAGAGGCGAACUAUAAGUCAUCGGACUUCAAGUAACAGACAUAGGAAGUUACAGCCGUUCAGGUACACGUGAGCCAAUAAAAAGGUGCCGUUCCAAUAGAUUUUUACUUAAAAAAAUAUAUAUAUUAAAAACAAAUCAAAAAACAAAAAAAAA